AUGCAGCCCAGCCAAACCUUAAACGCCACAGCCAUUUCCGGCCAAACAUUCGAUUACAUCGUGUGUGGUGGAGGUACCUCUGGAUGUGUCAUUGCAGCAGCGCUUGCUACGAUUCCAAAUGUCUCUGUUCUUUUAAUUGAAGCGGGCAGAGAUUCAGGUCUUACACCCGAUGUUCUAGUGCCAGGCAAAUAUGUCAAGCAACUACAUGAGGACAAAGAGGGACUGUGGGAAUUGGAAACCAUACCGCAGCCACAAUUGAAUGCCAGGAAGCUGGUAUUCCUCAGAGGGAAGCAGCUUGGAGGGAGUUCGGCUGUGAACUAUAUGGCGCUUGCUCGAGGCCCGGCGGCUGAUUAUGAUGAGUGGGCCAAGAUUGUUGGUGAUGAUGGGUGGAAGUGGAGAAACAUCUUACCUCUGAUGAAACAGCUUGAGGAUUUCGACCCGAAUUUGCCUGAGUACCUCGCAAAAUUUGCCGAUCCACGACCUGAAGACCACGGAGCCUCUGGGCCACUGAAGAUCGGGUUUGGGGACGAAAUGGUCCCUGGGAUCAAAACGUUUGUCCACGCGUGCUUGGAGACUGGGAUUCCAUUGUGCCCAGAUAUCAAUUCGGGAAACCCAGUGGGGGUCGGACUGGCCCAAUUUAACGAUCGGAAUGGAGAGAGAUCCUAUGCAGCGAACGCUUUUCUGAGAGAUUCCGCUCGGGUAUCGCUCAAGAAUUUAACCAUCGUGACAAACACAGAGUGCGACCGAGUUCACUCCAGAUAUGGAGUUGUCACUGGGGUAGACUUGUAUGACAGACUGAAUGGGGCAAAAGUACAUGUUUACUGUCGUGAGCAGACUGUUCUCUGUGCUGGUACGUUUGGAUCUCCUAGAAUUCUCAUGUUGUCCGGUCUUGGGCCCGGAGAUACCUUGGAGCGUCUCAAAAUUCCCGUACACGUUGACUUGCCAGGAUGUGGCCAAAACAUGCUCGACCACUCAAUCAUAACAUGCGAGUACAAAGUGAGAAAUUCAAUUCCCGCCCACAACCAACUGUUUCUCGACCCUGUAUCGCUUGCGAAAGCCGAGGAACGAUACGCAAAGGAUCACACCGGACCUCUCGCUAUGUUUGGAUCUAGUGGUACCUUGACAUUCCCCAGAAUUCAACGCCUAUUUGAGUCAAAAGAAUUCUCGGAUCUCAGCGCCAAGGAGAGAAGCUUCUUGAUGGAGCUCACCAGGCCAUCUGCUGAGAUUUGGCUCGGAUUAGGGCCAUCAGUCUUUCAGGAUAAUCGACCAAGCGAGAGCUACAUGACCCACGAGCUCUUGCUGCAGAACAAUCUUUCAAAGGGGGCAGUCUUGAUUCGCUCCAAAAACCCACGAGACCAGUUGAUUGUGAACCCAAACUUCAUGGAUCAUCCGUUCGAUCGGCGAAUUGCUAUCGAAACUGUUCGCAUGGCGUUGAAGAUUGCUCGCACCAAGGCCUAUCAAGGUACUAUUGAGCGAAUGGUCCAUGGUCCGGACAUUGAAUUUGGAACGGCGGAUCUUGACGCGAUCAGGGACGAGGUGAUGUUGGACUUUAUUCGCAAAAAUUUGGACCAAGGUUACCACAGCAUGUCUACCUGUCGUAUGGGUAAGACUAGUGAUCCCGAUGCUGUGGUCGACUCUAGGUUCAGAGUCAAGGGAAUGAAAAAUCUCCGCGUGGCUGAUUUGAGCGUUUGUCCUAUUCUAACUUGGUAA